AAAGCCGAGAGAUAAAAAGAAGAAGAAGGAGGAGGGCGAGUCGAGUGACAAUGGAGAGAAGAGUGAACCGGUGGAGGGGAAUGCUGAAGAUGCGCUUAACAAUGAUGAUGCCAAGAAUGACAUUGACGAGGGGUUUCUUAUUGAUGAAGAUGAAGUUUAUGCAUGGAAGGAAUUGAGGCUCCAUCCUCUUCUUAUUAAGUCAAUACGCAGGCUUGGGUUCAAGGAACCGACACCUGUACAGAAAGCUUGCAUUCCUGCUGCGGCCCAUCAAGGAAAGGAUGUCAUUGGUGCAGCAGAGACGGGUUCUGGAAAAACUCUUGCCUUUGGGCUUCCUAUUUUGCAACGCCUUCUUGAAGAACGGGAAAAAGAUGCAAGAUUAUUCCAGAAAGAUCCAGAUGAAAAACCAGUGGAAAAAGGUUUUAUGGGAGGUCCUCUUCGUGCUCUUAUUGUGACUCCUACAAGGGAGCUCGCCUUGCAGGUAUCUGAUCAUCUGAAAGCAGCAGCAAAAUUUCUUGCCAUUCAAGUCAUCCCCAUUGUUGGUGGAAUGUCUUCAGAAAAGCAGGAGAGGCUUUUGAAAAGAAGGCCUGAAAUUAUUGUUGGAACUCCAGGACGGUUAUGGGAGCUUAUGUCGGCAGGAGAGCAACAUCUUGUUGAGUUGCACUCUUUAUCUUUCUUCGUGCUGGAUGAGGCUGAUAGAAUGAUAGAGAAUGGUCAUUUUCAUGAGCUACAGUCUAUUAUUGACAUGCUACCAAUGCUUAAUGUUUCUGUUGAACAAUCCUCUCAACCUACUACAAUUUGCAAAACAAUUCCAAGUUUACAGAGAAAGAAAAGGCAAACAUUUGUUUUCUCGGCCACAAUAGGCCUAUCUGAUAAUUUUCGCAAAAAACUUAAGCGUGGAUUAUCUACUUCAAAGUCAUCCACAUCAGAUGGGAUAAGUUCUAUAGAAAAACUUUCAGAGCGAGCUGGGAUGAGACCUGAUGCUGCAAUAGUUGAUUUGACAAAUGCUUCAAUUGUGGCUGCCAAACUUGAAGAGUCAUUCAUUGAAUGCAGUGAGGAAGAUAAAGAGGCAUAUUUGUAUUACUUAUUAAGUGUCCAUGGCCAAGGUCGCACAAUUGUUUUCUGUACAUCAAUUGCAGCUUUACGUCGUGUUUCUUCCAUGUUGCACAUCCUUGGCAUCAAUUCUUGGACCCUUCAUGCUCAAAUGCAACAAAGAGCCCGCUUGAAGGCUAUUGAUCGUUUUCGUGGUAAUGAGCAUGGUGUACUAGUUGCUACUGAUGUUGCUGCACGUGGUCUUGACAUUCCUGGCAUCCGAACUGUUGUUCACUAUCAACUUCCGCACUCAGCAGAAGUUUAUAUUCACAGAAGUGGAAGGACGGCGCGUGCAUCUGCUGAUGGCUGCUGCAUUGCAUUAAUCUCUCCCAGUGAUAAAGCAAAAUUUUUUUCUUUAUGCAAGUCACUGUCAAAGGAAAGCCUUCGGCAGUUUCCUGUGAAUGAUGUUUACAUGCCUGAGGUAAUGAAGCGGUUAUCUCUUGCUCGUCAAAUUGACAAGAUUACGCGGAAAAACUCUCAGGAAAAUGCCAAGAAGAGCUGGCUGUUACGGAACGCCGAAUCUCUGGAAUUGGCCAUGGAGGACAGUGGCAGUGAGGAAGAAACUGUUAAAAGCCAUAAGCAGAAGAAAAUUGGUUCUCUUCAGCUAAAGAAGCUGCAGCAGGAGCUGAAUGACCACUUAGCACGGCCAUUACAAUCAAAAACAUUCUCAAAUCGCUUUUUGGCUGGGGCUGGUGUUUCUCCCCUCCUUCAGCAGCAACUGGAAGAGUUGUCAAAGAAGAAUCCAAGUGGCAACGGAAGCUCCAAAGAAAAUAAAAGACCUGGGUUUCUGGUUAUUGGCCAGGAUUGUGUUGAACCUCUUCAGGCUCUCCGCAGUUCUGGGCGUGAGGUUUGUGUUAGCGUAGACAAGAAGAGAGAGACGCGGAGACUGGCUGAGACUUGGAAGCGAAAGAAACGAGAGGAAAAAAAGCGUACACGAGAGCAACAAAGAAAAGAGAGGAAAAAGGCAAAAGAAGGAAUGAAGUAGAGGAUUUGUUAAUGACUGCGUGUUUUGGAGGUCCUAUCACUUUUUGAUGCUUGCCAGGAAAUCACCGAAAGUUGCCUGCAUAUUCUUCAUUUUUUUUUUUUUGACUUUCUGUAAGAUUGCCUUUUAAGUGAGAUAUCUAGAAAAAAAAUGGGCAGAAUUAGUAUCGGAGAUUGAGCUUCUGUUGAGGAAGUGAAUGAAUGAGCGGAAUUAAAAUGAAUCUCGUAAAAUAUUUGUUGUAAAAUUUAAAACGAUCAGUUAUAUUACCCAGUGAAAUUCAACAUGUAUUUUAUUCUUUAGGUAACCGAAAAAAAAAUAUUGAUCUAUUUUUGAUUUUGCAUUAGCCAAA